CGCCUCAUUCCACCUGCGGCUUAGCUGUGGCGUGUUGCUCCUGUCAUUUAGUGCGACCGGGGUCGAUUCCUUCAAUUUUCUCGCGAUGAGUCCCUGAAUCCGUGUUGAAUCCUGUCCUGUCGAAUGUCGUUCCACCGGUUGCUUCCCACCAUGUCGAUGGAACUGCACUCGCUUGAUCUGGGCCAGCGACCGGUCGCAUCGCAGCAGAGCGACCGGCCGUUCUUUACGAAUCGAUCGGCCGACGAUGAAGAUGAGAAGCCCCCCGCAACGACCGUUGCUGAUCCUGCAGCGGCCCUGCAAGCGCCCAUGUUUAAUUCGGUUUGGCUCAGCAACGCCUUUUUGGGCUCUUUUCUAGCCUUUUUGAUGUGCAUGGGAGUCGGCCUCGGCAUUCUAUACCACUUUGCCAAUGAUGGCAAUGGAAUUGCUGUGCUGUCCACCGACCACUACGCCUGGAUGUAUGGUCCCACGGCCGUUCUGGUCGUCGUCGCAGGAUGCUGGCGACAAGCCGACUACUGGUGCAAGACACUGGUUCCGUGGAGGGAAUUGCAGCAGAACUGGACUUCGCCAGAUCGAUCGCUGCUGCUGGACUAUGUCGGCCAAAUCCACUUCCUCGCUGCGUGGACGGCCAUCAAGAACCGCCACUGGACUGUCGUUUCCUCCAUCGGAGUCGUUUUGCUGCUGCGUCUGAUGACCGGUUUUUCCACCAGUCUGCUGGUUCUUCAGUCAACCAAGAGCAUCCGUGAUAUGGCGCCUGUUGCAACGACACCCUGGGGGUUCCAAUUCCCCUUCACGAAAGCCCCUACUCAUGGGUUCAGUGGCUACAAUCCAUUCGACGUCGCCUAUGGACUCAUGGCCCAAGAUCUCCCGUACCCAGCUGGAACCUCCGAUGAUUUUCUAGUUCAGCCCUUUCAGGUCAAGGGCCCUGUGCCAUCAGACCUCCGUUCCAUUACAGCCAAUGUGACGGGCGUAUGGCCCUUACUAUACUGUGAGCCUCUGGAUGUGACCUGGCAGCUGAAUGGGACUUCCAGCUCUUCCAACGCGGUAGACGAAGUGGUCAUCUCCUUCAAUGUCACCGACGGACUGUGCUCCUCUGGUGAACCUUGGUAUCAGGAUGUCACCACCACGCUGCACGAUCGCCAACGAACCAUCCUCCCCGACCGGCUGGUGUAUGUCCGGAUGUCCAAUUUCAAUGCCUACUGUGGUGAUGAUCAGUUGGAGAAACCACGGCUGUUCUUUGCCACCCUGGACGCCCGCUAUACCCAGAAUCUGGUGCCCAACGCGGAGGAAAUUGUCAGUUCUAAUUACAACACGCCCGUGAUUGCCACAUCGUCGACGCUGGAAAUCGUCAAUGUCACGGGCGUCAUCUGCCGACAGGACUUUCAGAUGAACAUGGCGCGCGUCCAGAUCGAUCCGUCUGAUGCCAACACGCAGAGCGGACCGGGGCUGAAUGCGACACCCAUUGGGCCUAUCCCGGGUCUUCCCAGCGAGGUGGCCGGUUGGCCGCUCAACGAUGCUAUUUCCUCUGAUAUCAUCACUGGAAUUAGGAUAAUGCUUUCAGGAAUCUCGUACAGUUUGGGAGAUGAUCUGGGCACCGAGGUUGCGAGUAAGGCUCUGUUUCGCCUCAUGUUGGUGAACAGCGGGUAUUCCGACUACACGCCAUUUCUGGAUCCUCAAGAACUCAUGAAAACCGUCAGCAAAGUGUGGAGAACCUUGAUCGUACAAACAAUCUAUGUGCUGUACGGCAGCGAAGGCAUCUCCAAUGAUACGAACCUGGCAGCCACUGGCAUCUAUGAGGAAGGCCGCCUCUUUGUGCAGAAAACACCCAUCGCCCUCAUGGAGGCCUGUCUGCUAGUCAUAAUCGUCCUCACGGUCCUUGUCAUGCUUUACCGUCCGGACAACGUGGUUCCCCGGAGUCCAGACACUGUCGGUGCCAUCGCCACUUUCCUAGCCGGCAGCAGUCGUCUCACAGGACUACUCGAUGGUCAUGGCCACAUGGACAACGACCAGCUGAAGAAGACCCUCGAAGGUCAGCGAUUCUCCACUCGUGUCGAUCCCCGUGAGAUCGACGGCCAGGACCGCCAUGCAUUUAGCAUCCUCACCGAACAGCAUAUCGUGAAAAAGGAUGAAAUGAGCUCUACGCCGCCACAAGACCUAUCACCUCGCUUUGGAAAACCCAAAAAGAUCUGGACGCCGCUGGCCUACGAUCUGCCCUUUCGACUGAUGGCCCUGAUCACUCCGCUGGCUCUCAUUAUCAUUCUUGAAGUCCUGCAGCAUCAAUCCGAUCGACUCGACGGGAUCCUGCAGGUUCCGAACAAUUCUACCACCACCAUCUUCAGUAAAUACAUUCCGGCAUUCGUCAUUCUGUGUGUCUCCCUUAUAUAUCCAACAUUCGACUCGGGAAUCUCUUUGCUGGCUCCUUUUCGGUCACUCAGCCAGAGCAACACCAGCCAUAAGUGGAUCUUUGUCAACUACCUACGCGACAUGCCAGUGGUGGCGAUGUGGAAGUCGAUUCGUGAUGGCCAACUUGCAGUGUUUCUUAGUUUGCUAGGUGCCAUCACCGCGAGUCUGUUUACAAUUGCUGUUUCGGGUCUUUACAAUAUCGACACCACUAAUAUAUCAUCUCAAACCACGUCCGUUGACCGAACUGACGUCUGGAACCUCAGCUGGGCCGACGGAUACAGUGACAACUCAGCCGGCGCUAUCUUCAGCCUGGUAGAGCAUGCUAAUCUCAGCUCACGCCGACUGAUCUGGGAUGACCUCGUCUUUCCCACCAUGCGGUCCCCUGUAUCAUUCGACGAUCUCAAUGCGACCGAUGCCAAAAACCAGUCGACUGCGCGGAUGACUCUCAGGGUUCCUGCUCUUCGCCCCAAGGUCAACUGCACGGCUCUGGACUCUGCAACUCUUUAUUCCGAAACCAAGAACUCCUUUCUUCUUCCGUCAAAGUACAUCCCGUAUGCUAGCCUGCAAACUAUCGUCGAUCUCAAGACCAUGUACCCCCACUGUGUCCGUGGAGGCACUUAUGGCAACGAAACCGUGACCAAGUUCAACACCACAAUUUAUUUCCCAGAACAACUUACCAACGAAAACACCUCGGUCGCCUUGUCUGGAGUGCACGGCGGGAGAAUCUUUGAUCUGCACGCCGGGCCGUUGCUUCACAGCGCAAAGGGGGAUCUCAAUUAUCAAGAAUUUGUAAAAUGGGGCAAGGAAGAUGUCUGGGUGAACACAAUGGCGUAUGAGGACUGGGAGGCCUACCCGCGGUCAAUCUACUCUGCUGGGAAUAACCCGGAUGGUUGCCCGAGUUUGGGUUUCACCUUUGGCGAGUUCGCCCCUGGGAGUAACAACACAACGAACGUGACAACGGGUGUCUGUGAUCAGCUCGUAGAGGAGGUCAUGACUGAUGCCACAUUCCUCCUCCCUGGUCUAGAACUUGACACGGCUCAUCCUCCGGUACCAGAUGAGUCGACAGCUCAUGUGUUGGAUAAUGGUCGUGGGUCUAACACGCACCAAUACCGACCACAAUAUCAUAUUAGUUCCGCCACGGUUUACUUCGUCAACGACAUGAGGAAUUAUACCGAUAUCUUCUAUCAAACGGUGGUGUACGGCCUGAAUGCGGUGCCAGUCUCAGAACUGAUGGGUUCAGCUAAUAUUCCUCGUCUUUUCAAAGCCAUCAACGAUUCUUAUUCCAAAUACAUGGCGCUGGCAAUCUCGCUGAACAUGCGCCAGGCAAUGAAUCAAACAGACCAAACAAACGCAUCGUCCCUCGCGAUCGCCGGACAGAAUAAGGAUACGACCUAUUCUGCUCUUGUUGUAUCGCCUGCCUCCCGUCUAAAGCAGGACCGUGCUUCCAAAAUUGCGCUACAGAUUUUGCUCGCAAUUUCCUUUUUGUGCACUGCGAUUGCAUGCCUCCUCGCCUGGAAGCCAGUCCGCUUAAUGCAUAAUCCAGCUCCGAUUGCGGGAGCCGCCAGUUUGGUGGCAGGCAGUGAGCUGUGUACGCGCAAGUUCCUUCCUGAAGGUUCGGAAUGGAUGAGCGAAAAGGAGAUGCGUCGGCAGGGCAUAUUUUCAGGGCUCAUGUUCCGAUUGGGGUGGAUUAACCAGGAGGAUUCUGGAAAGGAGAGAUAUGGGAUCGAUAUUGUGGAUAAUAGGGUUGCAUAACUUGCGUGUUGUAUAUAUCGCACUUGUUAAUA